AUGAACAAAACAUUUUUACAGAAACUCAGAGACUUCUUCUGUUGUUGUCCACGAGAGAGCAUUGGCUCAUCUGAUGAGUUCAAGAACACCGAAUUCAGUCUCGACAUGGAGUAUGAGAGUCAGUCUGAGAAGACGUGUUCAAGUGGGACAGCUAAUUUGACGCAAGAAACAAGUAGAGAGAAUGAUGAAGAGAAAGACGUGAAAGAGAAGGAGAAGGAGAAGGAGAAUGUGAGAGAUGUUAAAGACCAAGAGAAUGAUGUGAAGGAGAAAGACCAAGAGAAACAAAAUGAAAUGAAGGAAUAUGUUUAUAGGAAAUUGGAUAUCAGGCAUUCAGAGGUUGAAAAUGCAACAAAAAGAAGCAAAUUGAAGAAGAUGGCAGAGGAUGAACGAAGCAACUCGAUGACAGUGAACGAAUUGAAUGAGAUAAUCAGCACAGAGGAAAAAGAAAAGAAGGAGAUUAAGGAACCUGAAGAGCAAAAUGGUCACAAUGAGAGAAUUAGACGCCUGGAACGAGUACUAUCAAGUAUAAAGGAUAUUGAGGGGAUCAAGAAGAAGGAAGAGGAAGAGACGCAAGUGAUGUCACUGCGAUCGAAGAAGACGGAGACUGAACCAAGUGCAAGUAACAGUUGCACAUCACUCUCUAAUUUCGUACGAACAGCUGAGGAUGAUUCCACCAAAAGUGAGGCAACUGAUUCUGACGUAACCUGCUUCAUAAACCACUACAGCACCAAGGAGUACAGCAAAUCACUGGCUAAGAAAAUGGAGAGGCACCUGAAGAAGUCACAGGGGAAAAAGAAGUAA